CACAUUUCAAAUUUGGAAAUUGCCUAUCCGGCGAGGUUAAUGAUUUUUGUUUCUGUGACUGAGUCUUAUCUGUUUAUCAUAUUUUGUUAAAAUAUUAUCAAACGAAAUAAGAGAAAUGUUAGUUAUUGAUCAAAGUUGAAGUGCAGAAGUUAUGGUAUUCCUACAAUAUCUUCUUAUUGGUUGAACAUUUUUGUCAAAAAAUAUUUCUGGAAAAUAGCAAAAUGGCAGAUCAAAUAGACAAUCAACCCAGUCAAGUUACUCGAAGACCUGGUAUCCAACCUUUAGACUUUUCACAAGCAAGUGAUCCAAAUGCUUUUUCCUUUAGGCCUCUAUCUGGGUCAGAUAAAGUAGGUGCCGGUUCAACUAUUAACCGCCCUAAAAUGAGUCUACCUACUAACAUGAAAACUAAAGAACCACCAAUAGUUAUUCGAGAAGCCAAACUCAAAGCAUGUCCUCCAUCUAUGACAUCAGUAGGAAAACUACAAAUAAAAGGUCUUAGCUAUGAUUUCACAUCUGAAGAUCUUCAAGAUUUAGGAGAAAUCGGUCGAGGAGGUUUUGGUACUGUAAAUAAAAUGAUACAUAAGGCUACAGGAACUGUAGUUGCUGUAAAAAGGAUUAGAUCGACAGUGGAUGAAAAAGAACAGAAACAGUUACUGAUGGACCUUGAUGUUAUUAUGAAAAGUAGUGAAAAUAAGUAUAUUGUCCAAUUUUAUGGAGCUUUGUUUAAAGAGGGCGACUGUUGGAUUUGCAUGGAGUUAAUGGAUACAUGUUUAGAUAAAUUUUAUAAAUUUAUAUAUGAAAGAUUAAAAGCUAGAAUUCCAGAACCCAUUCUCGGCAAAAUAGCUUUAGCAACUGUAAAUGCGUUAAACUAUCUCAAAGAAGAAUUAAAAAUCAUCCAUAGGGACGUUAAACCAAGCAAUAUACUCUUAGACAAAAGAGGGAACAUUAAACUCUGUGAUUUCGGCAUUUCUGGACAACUUGUAGACUCUAUUGCUAGAACUAAAGAUGCUGGUUGUAGGCCUUAUAUGGCACCUGAAAGAAUAGAUCCCCAAACAGCAAGGGGUUAUGAUGUUAGAAGUGAUGUGUGGUCAUUAGGUAUUACCCUAAUGGAAAUAGCCACUGGCCAUUUUCCUUAUAAAAAAUGGUCAAGUGUUUUCGAUCAAUUACACGAAGUAGUUAAUGGAGAUCCUCCGAGAUUAUCCACUAGUCACAAUGCUAAUACUUUUACCGCAGAAUUUGUGGAUUUCGUUAAUACAUGUUUAAUUAAACAAGAAAAUCAAAGACCGAAAUAUAAACAACUUCUCCAAGAUCCAUUCAUUUUAAGAGCUCAGAAAGAAGAAGUUGAUGUGGCUAGUUAUGUUACUGAAAUCAUGGAUGAAAUGGCAAAUAAUGGCAUAAGUGCUUUCACUACGAAUUUGCAGUGAAAAACUCAAGAAGAACUUUGAAAGCAAAGGAAAUGGGCGGCUGGUAUCCAAACAAAACCCCAUUAAACUGUAAACGCCGUGUUUAAUGGCGCUUUGUAUUUUAUUUUAGAACUGCUCCAUUAUGAUAAAACAGUUCUCUUGAAACUUCUGGCAGGUUUUCAGAACAGUUUCGUUGUUAUGAAGAUAGAUUGUCUGUUAACUCUUUUAGUUUUGAAUGAACAUAUGAAAUGUCUUGAAAAUCUCUUAAGAACAAUAAAAAUAUGUGUAAUUUAUCUAUGGGCUAUAGAAACAAAGUAGUAGCUUUAAACUACAAUCUUAGCUUUUUUGUUGUAUUCUGAAGAACAAUUGGAACUACUAGUCACAAAUAAUCAAGUUCACCUUUGGUCUCUCAAAACAAUAACAUGUAUUGCACAGCAUAGUUGUAUGCUGGUGUAUAAACAGCAUGUCCAGUACAAUAAUUACCAAUGAUUUCAAAAAUUCCAAUUAUCUUAUAACUCAUAUUGUUUUAUAUAUGCUAAUAUCCACUGACAAGAUGUAUGUAUCUCAUACAUUGCCAUAGUUUCUCCAAGUUCCCUUAGAUAAUUGUUGAUUACAAUUUUGUGAUCCAGGCUGUAACAGUUACAAUAAAUAAAUUACAUAUACAAUCCUUCCCGUAGUCUAUUGACUUAUCCAUAUUAAAACUAAAUUGUUGAAUAACACACAGUUGAGUUAUAAAAUAAUAAAAGAUAGAUUUAUGAGAUGAAUUUAAUCACAAGUUUUUUUAUUUCAAGAACAAAGUUAAAAGCCAAAAAUUUUAUAUUUGAGAUAAUCAGUGGCAGACAUUUAAUAACAUUAAAUUUAAUCCAUCUUCUCUCUAAAUUGUUUAAUUUUUUUGCUGUUUAUUUUAUAAUUGGUACUGCUACCCCAUUUUUAUAUCCAUAUCUAUAAUUUUGCGUCUAAGUGUUGUUUUAUUUAUUGCACACUAAAUUUCGUCAAACGCCCUAUCAGCUAUUUUCCCAGUUUCUGUGUGUAUAAUACCAAUAUAUUUGUAUGUAAUAUAUUGUUUUCAUAUUUGAUUUUUUUAAAAUAUUGGAUAAUUUAGUAUACUACAUUAUAACUUUGGUUUUAUUUAUGCUGACUUAUUUUUUAAUUUGUUUUAUUUCUGAAACACACACAUAGUUAGCAUAUAGGUUAUAGGUUCCAAGUUCCAUUCGUUGCAUUCACACAUUAUCUUUUUGUGUUCUUACCUAUUUUCUUCUUGAUAAUUAUAAAUAGUAGUGGUUAUAAAGUUGCUUUAUUUUUACAUCCAUUAUAAACUUCUUGGAUGCAUGUCCUACAAUCCGCCUUAACUAUCUUAUUUAUUUAUAUAGAUAAAAAAUUAUUAUCAUCUCAUUUUGUGGUAUUUCUUUUUUAGAGAAUAUUAUUUUAUAUGAAGUGGUCUUUUCCACUGAAUUUGCCUAGUCAUGUGAGAAAACAACGAAAUACUAAAUAGUGAAAACUUUCAAUUUUAGUUUCUAAUUUUAAUUUGAAAACAAUCUAUAUCAUUGUUUAUUUUCUACUUAUUUCAUUCAAAGUGUCAUUUAAAUAUUGGGUUAAAAUACAUUCCCCUUCAAAAUAUAUAAUUUCGAUUUUUAAAACAUAAUUUGCUUCAGCUACACUCCCAUGAACCCAACUUGGUUUUAUUUAACUAUUUCCCCUCUCUUGGACCGUUCUUGAUGCCAUAAAUAUCGACGAUUGUGCCACUCGGAAUCUUUGCUUUGACGUUUAAAGAUAUGAAGCUUUACAAAAUGAUUUUAAAAUAAACUAUUUCUCCAUUUUACCAAAUUCACUUGUUUUGCACGGCAGCAAAAAGUAUUGAAAAGUGCUUAUAAAUCUUAAAAAAAGUAACUAUUUUAAGCAGAAAUAUUAAAUAAAAUUUUAAAAUUUUUUUUAUUAAGUCUUGAAUAAAUAGUUGUACUAUAUCUCGAUUUUUAGCUAAGCAUUUAGGUUCUGUUCUAUUCAUUUUUGAUAUAAAGAGAUUUUCAAUAUGUUUGGAUUCAUCAAUUUAGAUUUUAGUCUCAGGCUUCUCAGGUGAUGUAACAUAGUGAAACAUGUACUAUAAUUAUACAUUAUAGUCUGUUUGUCGAAUAGAGGGUAAUAAAUUUGUAGCAAUUUAUGUUUUGAUCUCUCUUUAGAAGUUUCUAAUGUAUUAUUUAUUGGUUUAUUACAUACUCUACUUUCCAAAUGGAUUACCUUUUUUGUAAUAAAUUCCAAAGUUAUGUUUUGUUUAGUUAUAUGCUUUGACAAUAUUUUCCUGUUCACUCAUUAUUUCUUAGCAUAUGUGCACUGAACUCCUAUUUCUUUAAAUACAUAUUCGACAUCCUUUUAAGAUCUACAAUUUUCAUGAUAUAAUGUGAAUUUGUAGCCAGUUUCACUGUUACAAGUAAAAAUCAAUCAGCAUUUCUUGGGGUUACUAUAUUAUUCAAAUUUUGUACAACUCUUAAACACAGAAAUUACUCAAAAACUCAAAAUAUUCUUUGUUAGUAGCACUAGUACAUAUUGUUCCUAGACACUACCCAACUGUUUGGGGUAGACAUUGAGAAACAUUAUUUACAGUGAUUAUAUUUUAUCAUACAAUAUAUAUAAGUUUUUACAAUUUACAAUUUACAAUUUCCCCCCUCUAACUAACAAUAACAAAGCAAUAAAAUCAUUAUUAAAAUGUGCUGUUGUAGCAUCCCUAUCAUUUUGUAUAAUUUGUAUGCGUGGUAAAAGGUGUUUCACUAUUUUUUUCAUGGUAUAUCUAAUAUCAAUUAAAAUAUAAAAUAAUCACAGUUUAGUUUGAUAUAUCUUAUGUUUUUACUAUUUUUUUUAAACUCGACGAGAUCUAUUCAUCAACCUCCAUAUGUUUCUUAUUAGGCUUUGUCAUUUAGAAGCAUAUGUUAAAGAUUCUCUUGACCAAUAUAUACAGUGAAAAUGAGUGGUUCUAGUAGCUGAGAUAAUUGUUGUGCCCUGAAAUGUGAUUCUUCGACAAAAAGAUCUCUUUGUGAAUCUUUCAUUACUUACUUUACAGACGACGAGAUUUCAAUAAGAAAAAUCUGUGCAUUCACUUUAACACCAAACCUUCUCGCGAAUUUGUUAAAACCCCCCAAAAAAUAUUUUCAUUUGUACAAAAAAAAUAUUUAUUGAACUGAAAUUAUUUAAUAGGAAAAACUCAAAAUAAUCAUAUUUUCAUGUAGAGCAUUGGAAUUUAAUUCAUAACUCUCAAUAUUAAACAAAAUCUAAUGGUAAUAAAGACUUAAAUAAUUCACAAUAUCCAUAAUCUUAUACACAUUUCUCAGCAUUUAUUUGGCCCCUUUUUGAUAAAAUUUUUAACUCUUCCAAAGCCAUGUUUGGUUAUCUGGGAGGCCGCUUGAUCGUAUUACCUGAAUAAAUAUAUUAUUAAAAGUAUUUUCCAAUUAAUUUUUGAGCUUAAUUUUAUCGUCAUAUUGAAUAAUAGUUUCAAAAAUCUAUUUAAUAUUAUCUUGGGUUGUUUGUACUUUGAAGAAAUGCUAACCAUUUUUUCAUUUGUUCAUAUAUGGUGCUUUAACUUUAAAACAAACCUUCCAUAUGCAAAUCUUAACUCAAACAUUCCCUCUACACACUGCUGUGUGGGAAUCCAGUGCAACAGUUAAACUUGUUAUUUACGUGAUGUUCUAUUUGUAUUUACACUAGCAGAUAAUAAUUAAGUUAGUAAAGGAUUUUAUAUCAAUUUUGCAAAUUUUUUACAAUGUUGUAUAAUGUACUUAAUUUUGUCUCCAAUAUUUUUUUAUCAAACCAAUUAGUUUCUUAUUUAGAACAUAGUUGAAGUAGUGAAAACAUUCAGUUUCAAAAAAGUAAAAUAAGUAAAAACAAUCUAAAAAUUUGAAAAAAUUCAGUGAGACACCUUGUAUUUAAUAAAACAAGAAAUUGUGGAGAAAUAAGCAUAUUAGUGUGAUAAAUUCUAGUUAGAAACAACUUCAAUAUUUUUAUUUACUUAAGACUAGAACGCUGAGUUCCCUAAAUCUAUAAUUCAGUUUCAAUUUGAUCUUUAUAAAUCUAAAAAUAAUUAUUGAAUAAUGUGCUGGUAAAUGAAUUUCAAUUAUGUUCAUGUAAGUUGCAAAAUCAUUUGCUCACACACACACUUACAUUUUUGAGCAAAACUAAUGGAAUUCAUUACGUAGAUGUAUAAUUUGAUUUAAAAUCGGAUCAGUGUAGCUACUGCAACAAAGAUAUCGAAUUCGAAAUGUACAAUUUUUCUUCUUGUUCUAAGCCAAUUGCCGUUUAUUUCUGGACGAAGGCCUCCUUAAGGAAUUUUCAUUUCAACCCUGUUAAUUCAAAUGCAUGUUUAAAAAGUGCACUUUGAAUUUGAAUUUUGCCCAGUUUUUAAAAUUUCAUAAAAUAAGGGUAUAAACUGUUUUAUUUCAUAAGUUUCCACUGUAUAAUCAGGGAACCUAUUUCUAAUAACAAUAAUUUUUUCAAUCUGUUCUUGUUUUUCAUCAUAUUGACAUUAACUCAUUAACGCCAAAAAUUAUUUUUUUACUAUUUUCUGGAAUGAUUUUAAAAAUAAUACGUCCAAUUAUUAAAAAUUUGGUUUAUUUGCAAAGAAAAAACCCCUGGAGGUAUUAUUUUUCAAAAAAAUGCUGGGUCCUUAUGGCGCUUACUGGGUAAUAUUUAAAAUUAAAGAAAAACACUUUUUUUAUUUAUAGUGAAAAACAUUAUACAUAUAAGCCCACUUCGCAUUCUUCUUCGUUCUUCCCUUGUGGCUACAAUUUUUGUCCGUACAUCUUCGGAGCUUUCCAUCAGGAACUGAAACCACAGUUAUUCAAUUUAUUAAACUGUAUGUCAUUACUUAUUCGGCUAUCACAGCCUGGUGCUAUUGGUUUUGGACCUGGAUUUUUUGCAGGUUUCUUAUACUUAGUUAGAUAAACUUAAAAAAAGCAAAAAUAAUUGUAAAAAAGACAAAGCUCAUAGUAAGUCUUUUUGCACCUGAACAAUCCUUCUUCAAUGCAGCGACUAAUUUCUCUGCCGGCUUUUCUUUCUAAUAACCAUCCAUUCUGUACUGCUGCAUCCACUAGAUAUGUAAAUAUUGGCCAGUACCACUUUUUGGAUCUAAUACAAACAGAAGGACAUAUAUCCAUGAGAAACCUUCCACGAAAUAUUGGUUUCCAUUUGGUUUGUUCCGCCCAUGUUUUUAUUGUACUGUGUAAUUAGAUUUGUCGUGGGACAAGAACAUUCUUUUUUGUUAUAUCGAAGCAAUGACUUGGCUCGCAGUUGCUCAAUCGUUUGCAAAAGUGGGGCUGAACAUUUACGAAAUAAAGACUCAUACUCUAAAUUAACCCUAGGAUUUCGUCCUUGGUAAAUUUCGACAUUAAUUAGAUAAGUAUCAGGCGCAUUGAGGCUCCAAACCUUGUAGCCAAAACGAAUUGACUUGCCACUAAUGAAUUGUUGACAACGGUGCCGGCCGUAGUAUCUGAUCAUGGAUUCAUCAUAGGAAAGCUUUUGUUCAGGCACAAAAUGAGUUAAAAAUUUGUUUUUUAAAUAGUUUGCAACAGGACGAAGCUUGUAUAUUUUGUCUUUUAAAUCUAUGUUACUGUUAUCCGCGAAAUGUAUAAACAUGCAUACUUGCAAAAAACGAUCACGUCUCAUGGAAUCGGCCACCAACUCAUUUCUCAUAUUGGCAGUUUUCCCAGUAGCUUCUUUUGUAGGGCAAUUGAUUAUAUCCUCUCAAAAUAAGUAUUCCCAAAAAUACUCUUAGCUCUUCAAUAGCAAUUAGGGGAUCAUGGAAAUUUUUUAAAAGAGCGUAAAUUCGCGUCUAGUCCAGAAUUUGUUCUAAUAACUCAUCGGUAAAAAACAAUUCUACACAAAUUAAGUGAUUAUAGGUAGAGUAAUCCCCCUCAGGAAAACUGUAUUUCGAAGAUUCAAUGUCGUCUGGACAAACUAAUAUUUUCCUCUGCAACUUGCAUUUUACUCCUUGACUCAAUAUCUUGCUGAAUUGUUCCUAUCUUUUUACCGUUGAUAAAGCAAUUUCACUUAAAAGUUGCAUCGCCCUUAGGUUGUCCACAAAUCCCGUCUCGUCCUCGUCGCCUGAGACAGAAGAAGGUUCUAUAGAUACCUCAUUUAUGUCAUUUGCAUCUUCUGAUUCGGUGUGGUCCCAUAUGGGUACAGGCAAAAAAAGUCAUUACAUAAAAAACAACAAAACAGAAAGAAUAAAUUUGGCUUUUUAGAUCGAUUCUACAGCAGUUUACCUAGACCAAACAGAAAAUAAAUUUUAAAAAAAUCAAAAAAUAACUACACAGAAUUACUUACGCCAACUUUAAAUCCAUUUUUUCACAGUAAAUGAGUUACACUGAUUUUCUAAAUCAUAAACUAAUCACUUAAAUAAGUUAAAUCUGCGCAAAUCCAGUAGAAACGUUUGAGCAACUAACUGAACGAGCUUAGAAUCACUGUAAGAGAAGCACAGAUCCCACCAUUCAAAUGCUUCCAUUUUUAAUGGGUCCAUAGGCAUUAAUGGGUUAAUUUCAUUGCUAUUCCUGAAAAUGAUCAUAUAUUUAUUUAUAGAUUUAUACAUUUCAAACUGUAGUUUCUAUUGCUGCAGUAUUUAGUAAAUUUAAUGUGUAAGUGAUAACUAAUGAAAUGAAAGAAUAUAAUAAACAAAAUACCAAGUCCAUUUUGUAAAUAUUAGCUAUAAAUUGUGUUAUAGGAUAUUGGUUACAAAUCCAUAUUUUUGCGAUGUGAUUUUAUUUUAAUGUUGAUGUUGCUAACCUAGUAGUUUUUGAAAUGAGGUUAGACGAGAUUAUUUUUAUAAUUUGCAAAAUUAGUCGGUCCACGCAAUUUUGAUAAAUUUGUUUUUUGAUAUAACGAGACCAGUACAGAAAGUCGGUUUUAUAUAUAAAAGUCAUAAGGCAUGUAGAAAAAUCCUAUUGCAGUUAAAUAACUUUGAUAUUAAGGAUAAUAAUGUGAUCAUGGGAAAAAUAUACAGAAUUAAAAAAUAGCUUGUUUUUAACUUUGGAACCAGUGAAAAUGGCGUUAAUACAAAAAAUCAUAUGGAACUAUUUGUUAGCAGGUCAUUGUGGUUUGAUAUUGUUGUAGAACCAAUGGUGGAAAUUUCACAAUAUAUUUUAUAAUGAUAAAGAUAAGAAAUCAAAUAUUUUAUUGCAGUAAAUAAAUUAGUAUUAGUGCAAUAAUGAACACACUACGGGUCACAAACGAGAUAAAAGAAGAGAACCAAAUUUUAAGCAAACAAACGACAAGAGAUAAGAAUGAGAUAUUGAAUUAUAUGACUGAAAACAUAAUAAAUUAAUAAAAAUUUGAUGAUCUAGAAAAACUUCUAACAAAUUAUAGAAAUUACUUAGUACUUAUGGAACUGAAGUGAGUGAACAAAAAAAAGAAAUUAUAGCAACAAACAGCAUGAUAAAAUUGACAACAUAUUGACUAGAGGAUGAAAAUACUAUAUUGCAUAAGGCUUAUGAAGAUUUUGAAAUGUACAAAAACUGAAAGUUCAAGAAUUGGUUAAAAGAGUAAAUGCAGGUUAGCAGGUUAGCUAAAGCAAUCCAAAAUUAUUUUACACAAUUAUGGAAAUUAAAAUAAAAAAACUCACGUAACAAAUCUGAAAAAACACAAACUGAGAAAUACUUGUAGGAGAAAUUGCAUCAAUAGACAGGUGGAAGUAAUAUUGACCAAAAAAUUAAUUCAAAAAACAAAAUAUAAAAAAUAUGUAAUAGAUAAUUAACUUCUGGAUUUCUUUAUUGUACUAUAUGGCCGGAAUGUGCUUAUUUUAUUAAUAUCCUUUAAACAAUACAGAUUGUUGUAGUUUGUAAUUAUUGAGGGUGAAAGUAGGGUGGAGUAAUAGAACUUGAAAUAGUUUAACUGUCAAUAUGAAUAAGGGUUUUGCCUAUUGUUUUCAUGUUUAUUGAUCCAUCCUCUUAUUAACACGUUCGCGGACGGUGACUGCAUAUCACGCCAUUGACUCUUGCUUUGCCAGGGCACAAAAAAUAAUCGAUAUAUGCUCAAAUUGUCACGAUGAUAAAACGUGUAUUUGAAUACCUGAAAAAAAUGAAACAUAUAGCUGGAGAAUCACAUUUUUUCAGAUAAUUAGAAAUAAAUAAGAAAAAUACGGCGUCAUGUUCCGUAAACAGCAUAAAGUUUGUCAAUAUAACAUUGACGUUAUAUGCCGCAUGUGUCUACUUUGGUUCAAAAAUUUAUAAUGGAAAAUAAACUAAGUCCUAAAAUAAUACAAAAUUUAUAUAAAUACAUUUGUAAUAUUUGACGAAAAGCUGCAAAAAUCUUUAUAUAAAAAAAUAAACAUAUUAUAUUAUAGGAAAAAAACGUAUAUUCUUGUGCUGCUUUGGUAAAACUAAGUAAAAUAAAAAAUCGCUAAGCAUGCCAAUCUUGGAAACAUGUUCCUACAUAAAGUGGUGGCUUGUCUAUGCAUUCGCGACACUGCCAGGCUGUUUCUUUUUUUUUUUCAUAAGAGAGCAAUGCUUACAGCGCUUAUAAUAUUUUCCUUUUUUCUUAGAGUCUUCUGGUAUAGGAAUGGCCUCAAGGACAUGACCUGCAUUCUUCCUAGCAUUUCUAAAUGGUACAAUUUUCUAUUUUUUUGGCAUACUAUUGACAAACUCUCCGCUAUCUUUCUGAUCAGGGGAAAUUCCAAGUAAUGAUUUAAUUAUAUCAUUUCUGAUUGUCCUCAGAUCUCUUUUACCUCGAUGGCAACUGUUAUAUAAAUAGAGCGAGUUCUAAACGGCUAUAUCCAGUAGGUGGAACAUAACUUUUUUGUGCCAUCGGAUAGUAGUCCUAUGACACGAGUAAUAACUUACCAUUUGGUCAGCCCUGUCAAUACCUGAUAUGUUUUCGUUAUAAUGACUGAUCUAUACAGGUUUUGUUUUUUCUGUCCAAACCUGUUGGUUGUCUCAAUUAAUUUAGGUUGUUAUCAUGUUGUAAUGGAUAGGGCAUCACGUUUAUCACGCCAUUUGGAAACAUACACAUUACCAUUCCUUUUCCAUACGUGUUGCCCGAGUUAUUUCUUUGGGAUUACCUUUUCUAUUGGAACGUAAUGUUCCAGUACUAUGCGUUUUUCGUCGUAAUAACAUUUUUGAUAACUACACUAUUAUAGAAGUUAUCCAUAUAUAUAUAUGGUGGCCCUUAUCUAGGAAUGGCUCCAAAAGCCUUAGUACUAAAGAGUUCAACUUUGAGCUUCCCCUGGCGUCAUCUCUAUGUGAUUUUCCUAUAUAAAUUUCUAUAUUUUGGACAAAACCGUCAUUUGAACACAAGUCAUAGAAUUUGAUUCCGUAUUUACUCUUUUUAUUUUUUAUGUGGACCCGGAACUUCAACCGUCCCCGAAAAAGUAAGAGUGACUCAUCUAAAGACAAAGCUUCGGGAGGCGAAAAUAUAGUUUGACUUGACUUUAUUAUAGAUUUCAGUAACCAACUGACUUUAUAAAGAGGAUCAUUAUUAAUAUUUUUAUCAUCUGAACAAUUGAGGGUUCUUAAAAUUUGUUCAAAUCUCUUUCCUGACAUGCUAGCGAGAAAUAUCGGAUGAUAACAUAACGGAUCGAAGGAAAAUAAAUGCCGAAUUGAACGAAAUUUCAGUUCACCAGCCAAAAGACACAGCUAAGUUUAAUGACUCGCCAUAUGCGUUUGUUUUAUGUAGAAUAUAAUCUGUCACCUGUCCAGUCCAAAUCAAUUCAAAAACUUCCACCGAAUUCAAGUUAUCAAUAUUUUGUUUAACUCCAACAGACGUGUGAUCGAACAUAAAGUUAAUGGGGUCAUAAAAGGUGUUUUCCCAUUCAUUUUUCUCUUGAUCUAAAGGCUUAUCCGAUUCAUCUGAACUUCCGCUAACGACUUGAUCUGAAAUGAAAUAGUUCGUAGAAAAACAAUGUCACACAUAUACAGUGCUUACCUAAUUCAGGCUGUGGUUCUACAUUUUGGGUACGUUUCUUACGUUUCGGUUGAUAUGGACCAGCUAAAAAAUCAAAAAAUGGUAUAGUAACCAUCGCGAUUGCGAAAAAAAAUCUACUUACGUUGGUUUGAUUCGUCGCUGGCAUAAGAAGAAUUACUUUGGGUGUAUUCUUGAUCCUCUACGGAAUCGUCUGUACUAUAAGGAUCGUGUAAGCUUUCAUUAUCCGCCUUAAAGCUUCCGUUUACACUUUCAACCUCGUCAUACCAAGUAAGUAAUUGCUUUUCUUGGUUUUCAUCCAUUUUGAAGGUAUUUACACACACAUACACUCGCAAUACGCACAAUCUUCGACAAUAACCAAAUGUGCACUAAAUACCACGAGGCUCUCGAGCUAAAACACGCCCAAUGCGUCUGUCAAACGCCUGACCAAAAAACUGUUGAAUAUUUCACGUAUCUUUUCUAAUAUGAGGUGUCUGGUGGGACACUUGAUACUCUAGAAUAUGCAAAAUGGACGUUAUAUACCGCUAAAAGUAUUAAAUAGCCAAUCUUGAAUUGACGGCAAUUGCUUGCCGUCAGUGUCCCAUUGAACAGAAUGGACGUUGCGGCUUAUGACGGCACUGUCUCACUAAACACAUAUCAAUAGAAAUGAGUGUCCGCGAAUGUGCUAAUGCAAGAUGAAAUGUUUCACUAUUCCAUUAAUCUAAAGAAUACUUUGGUGAAAAAAUUUGUUGAAUGAAGCAGUUUCAGUAGAUUUGGCAACGUUCUCAGUAGUAAACCAGAUCAUAGUAUACCCUAUUUUGUGUAAAAUUUGCACAUCACAAUUAAGUAUAUUUUUUAUUGCCAAAUAAUAAUCAUAGAUGCAAAUCUAAAAAUGGACGAUAUGUACAAAAAGUAAAAAUAUAAAAUAAUUUAAAAGUGUUUGAUAUUCAAACCGGAAAUAUAAGUAUUCAUUUCGAACAUAUUGAUGGAAGGUUGCAAAAGUGAUCAACUUAUUUCGGAUGUUUCAUAUCAGACACAUGGUUGUAAAAUCUGAGUACCAAAUAAAUUACCUUAUAAAAAAUAUAAGAAUUGUAGUUUGUGGGAAUAUGUAUGGAGAUCUGGUUUAUUAGUAUUAAGAGAGAAAAUACAAAAGAAACAGUGAUUUUUUAAGAGGUAUAGGAUUUGAUUUUGGAAAAAAAACACAAAAAAUUUGAAAAAAUUGAUGAGAUCUUUAUUGGAAUCGAUAGAACGAUCAGUAUAACUUAAUGUUUGAAGAUGAUUUCAUGCAAAUGUUCCGCCCGGCUCAAUUUUAGAUAGCCCACGCGCAAGGUCCAAUUUUGGCAAACUCUCUCCAACAUAUCGGCCGGUAUUUCACGAAUAAAUUGGCAGGGGCGAGCCUAGGGUAUCCGCCGCCCGGAAGAAAGAACAAAAUAUGUUGACCUAGUGGAAAUUUGAUUAUUGAGGCGAGGUAUGAGGUAAAUUUCUAGUCUAGUCGGAUAGAAAAGUAACUACCUACGCCGGGAAAAUGUUCAUUAGUAAAAAUCGUCUCUAUCUAGCAAAUGUGUCUAGAUCUUAUUGGAGAUAGGAGUAAUUGUUUACUGUUUACAUUUUAGAUUGGGAAAAUUAAUAACAUUUUUGAGAAAAUUAAUAAAAACAUUUUUUUGCAUGAUGGGGUUCUGUUAUUUUUUUAGAGGCAUUUUGCCUUUCGCCGCCUGGGUGCCUUGCACCCCCGGCACCGCUCCGCCCUGAAUAUUGGCUUCCAGUGCGUCAAUCGUUGCUGGUUUAUCCCUGUAGACAUUAGCCUUAACAUGGCCCCACAAGAAAUAGUCCAAAGGUGUUAAAUCACACGAUCUAGGCGGUCAAUUGACGGGCCCCAAACGUGAGAUGAACUAUUCACCGAAGGCGGCUCUCACUUUGACCAUUGUUUCGCGUGCCGUAUGGCAUGUGGCACCGUCUUGUUGAAACCACAUGUCCAAUUCUUCUAUUUUGGACACGAUUCACGCGUGAUCUGUCAAAAACAGUGUUGCCAAGAAGAUAUCAGCAAAAAAAUCACUUUUUCUGCCCCGGUAAGAUAGAAAGCUCUAUCUCCGAAAACCAAUUUCUUCACCUGCAUCAAAGUUUGGAUACUUUAAAAGGGUUUUGAUGUGUAAAAGUUAUAGUUUUAAUAUACCCAACUUUGUUUUAAUAUUAAAUUAAUUGAUAUUUCAAAUUUAUUAAGAAAAACUGGAUUUGGGGCUUUUAAUAUAAAAGUUUGCUGCAAGUAAUACACAAACUCAAUAAGCCCUAACUCCCCAUAUGGGAGUUAGGGCUUUUUAUGAUCAUAAUUAUAAUGUUUACAAACCCGAAAAUAAAUAAUAGAUUUACAUAAUAACAACGUUUAAAAACCGUAUAAUACCAUGAAAUAAAAAGAACACACAUUAAAAGAUUUUCAAUAAUUACAUAUAUGAAGAUCGUGCUUUUCAGUCUUUCAUGAAUCAGCGUUUACCAAAUCUGGCACUUCUGACUCUUGGAUGCUCAACCAAAAUCCACGCCGGUUAGAUGGCUUAAGGGGGCACAGUUUUUCAACUAGUUCUUUUUUCUUUGCUUUAUUGAAUCCUCGUACUUUGCCGAUCUUUUCAGGCAUGGAAAAUUUCUUAGCUUGUAAAAAGUUCAACACUUUUGAACUAGAUUCUUCAUAUUUGGUAGAAUACAAAAGACUUGUAUCUCCUUUUUUAGCAGUUACUUUAACAACAUCUCUGAGAUAAGGUAUGGAAUUGACAACGUCACCUCGACACUCAAGUUUUUGUUUUGGUGUGAAGUCCUUCCAUGCAAAAAGAUCCCCAACACCAAGUUCUUUAGUAUUUACUUUUCCUGAGUUUGAUUGUUGAACACACUUAACCAAAUAGAACUGAACUGCUGCAGCUAUGCUUAGUGUGUACAAUAUAGAGAAACAAUGGAGUUGUUUGAUGACUCAGCCGCUAGGCUGUGGUAAAAACAGUCAGUCACAUUGAGAUCUUUGAUGAAAGAAGGCUCUAACUACAGGAAACCAUGCAAUUGUGUCUUACGAAAAAAGGCCCUAAUUCCAUGGUAGCACGGUUAACUUGAAGAUUAAAGGCACUGUGGAUUUAGGGUGUUUUUAGUAUUUGUUUGUUACAUAGGGCCUUUUAACUUAUCAGGGCAGCUUUAUAUGUAGUGCGGUCUUCGAGCUGUUAGCCUAAUAAAGAAAGAAAGGUCAUAAAUAGAAAAUGUGACUAUUUUCAUAUUCUCCCUUUAUUUCCACACACUUCAGAACGUCUGACUAAAGCUUCUAUGCCACCAUAAAAAUAUAAUGCACCUUAAGCAACCUAACCUCCCGUUUAAUUUCAUCUUAAAUCUUUUACAGAGUUGAGACUCGGCGGCCUACAGUUUUGCAAACAAUAAAUAAUCUGAUGGGGCAGAUCAGAGGUAUAUAGUGGGUUUUCAAUCUCUGUGAGCCACAAUCGUGUACAGUAGCUUCGGAAAGCGAGGCAAUGUGGAUUGGAGCAUUGUCAUGAAACAAGCGCACAUCUCGGCUGAUUACGCUGCCCUUUUUCGAUAAUUUUUCAAUUGUCAAUUAGUAAGUCAGAGUAAUAUACCACAUUGACCGAUUUGAUUCCUUAAAGCCAAUCAAAAUGAUACCCCCGCAAUCCCAAAAUAUUGUAGCCAUCACUUUUUUGGCGCUUUCGUGACCUUUGGCACGGAAUCUCAUUUCCGAAUUCACUCCACGGAAUCUCUUUUGGAUGGCGGAUCAUAAUAGUUUCAUCACCAGUUACAAUUGAUCGGAGCACACUUUUUCUCUAAAAA